CAGCCCCCCCAGCCUGGGUCCUAGGGGCUCGCUCUGCAGAGAUGAGGGUCCUGGCCUGCCUCCUUGCUGUUCUGAUGGGGAUUCAGGCUGUGGAGCGACUUCGUCUGGCUGGGGGCCCCCACGGCUGUGCUGGGCGGCUGGAGGUGCGGCACGGGGGGCGCUGGGGAACGGUGUGUGACGACGGCUGGGACCUGCGGGAUGCUGCGGUGGCCUGCAGGGAGCUGGGCUGUGGAGGAGCCCUGGCCGCCCCUGCAGGGGCUUUCUUUGGAGAGGGGAUUGGGCCAGUCUGGCUGAGUGAGCUGGCUUGUCGUGGGUCUGAGAGUCGGCUGGGCCUCUGUCGCCACCGGGGCUGGAAGGCCCACAUCUGCUCCCAUGAGGAGGAUGCUGGCCUCGUCUGUGUAGGUCAGCGGGCAACCAACUCGAGACCAGAUUCAACAGAGCCCCUGGACCGGGAGCUGUGGUCUGAGGGCUCCCCAACAUCCCCAGAGCGUCUGCGCCUGGCAGGGGGGCCCCACGGCUGUGCUGGGCGGCUGGAGGUGUGGCAUGGGGGCCGCUGGGGGACGGUGUGUGAUGACGGCUGGGACCUGCGGGAUGCUGCGGUGGCUUGCAGGGAGCUGGGCUGUGGGGGAGCCCUGGCCGCCCCUGGGGGGGCCCGCUUUGGGGAGGGGUCGGGCCCCGUUUGGAUGGACGAUGUGGGCUGCGGAGGUGGGGAGCAGGCCCUCCAGGACUGUCCUCGGAGCCCCUGGGGACGAAGCAACUGUGACCACACAGAGGAUGCUGGACUAGUCUGUGAAGGCCCAGCUCCCCACUUGCGCCUGGCUGGGGGUCCCAAUGGCUGUGCUGGGCGGCUGGAGGUGUGGCAUGGAGGCCGCUGGGGGACAGUGUGUGAUGAUGGCUGGGACCUGCGGGAUGCUGCUGUGGCCUGUAGAGAACUGGGCUGUGGUGGUGCCCUUGCUGCCCCUGGAGGGGCCUUCUUUGGGGAGGGGGCUGGGCCCAUCCUGCUGGAUGACCUUCGGUGCAAGGGGAAUGAGACAUCCCUGGGGUUUUGCCCAGCCCGCCCCUGGGGCCAGCAUGAUUGUCACCACCGAGAGGACGCAGGGGCUGUGUGUGAUGGUCUGCCUCUGGGCUUGCCCACCCCAGGCAGCAGCGAUGGGGCCCCAGAGACUCAGACCCCCACUAGCAGACUCUCUCCUGCCUCUCCCACCACCCUGCCGGAACGAGGCCCUGAGGAGGGUACCCCCCGCCUUCGCCUGGUGUCUGGGCCAGGCCAGUGUGCUGGGAGGCUAGAGGUGUGGUAUGGUGGUCGCUGGGGCACUGUGUGUGAUGAUGGCUGGGAUGUGCGAGAUGCCAUGGUGGCCUGCCGAGAGCUGGGCUGUGGUGUUCCCCGGGAGCCAGGCCCUGCCCCUGGCCGCUUUGGCUGGGGGGAAGGCCCCAUCUGGCUGGAUGACGUGGCCUGCAGUGGGAUUGAGGUCCGGCUGGCCAACUGCCCUGCGGCCCCCUGGGGGAAACACAACUGUGCCCAUAAUGAGGAUGUGGGGGUCACUUGCACAGGGAAUCUUGGACCUGACUCAGUCCCAGACCCCUUCAGCUGGAGCUGGGCCCCAGAGCCACGUGGGGAUGGACAGAACUGGCCCGUCAGGAGGUGGACCACUGAGAAUCCGGGGGACAUGGCCACUCAGCUGACCACUAGCAGCCCUGGAACAACAGUGCCCAAGCCACCAGGGAGGACUCCACACAGCUCCAAAAAGUGGGCUACAAAGAAACCACGGAAACCAACUGUGCGACCCCCUGGACAAUCAACCACUAAGGUCCCAAGGAGGCAGACAACUCGGGUUCUACCAGGCCAGGCCACUCCUCAACUGACCACACAGGCUCCCCGAGGCCAGAGCCCCCAGGUCUUCCCAAAACUGACCACACGGGCUCCCCGAGGCCAGAGCCCCCAGGCCUCCCCCAAGCUGACCACACAGGCUACCCGAGGCCAGACCUCUCAGGCCUUCCCCAAACUGACCACGCAGGCUCACCGAGGGCAGACCCUCCAGGACUCACUACUGCUGCCCAAUCCGACCUCACUACCCACCAUGCCAGUGACAUCUUCGGCCAGCCCCCCACUGGCCACUCAGCCCUCACAAAGACAACCUUCUCAGGUCACACCACAGCUAAGCACUCAAGUCCCCAAGGAAACAACCCUAAGAGAUCGAGAUGAAGGUUCCCCUGAAACCUCCCUAGACCCAGGCUCUUCCACACCUGGGACUGAGAGCAGGUGGGAGGCCUUCAAGACUUUACCCACAAGCACUCCCAAAAACUUGUCCUCUCCCCAGACCUGGCCAGGCUCUGGAGAGUCAGGUCUCUUUAGGCUGCGUCUCUCAGAUGGACCCGAUCGGUGUGCUGGGCGGUUGGAGGUAUGGCAUGGUGACGUCUGGGGAACAGUGUGUGAUGAUGGCUGGGAUCCCCGAGAUGCGGCUGUCGCUUGCCGGGAGCUGGGCUGUGGUGGGAUCCGGCCCCGUGUGGGCAAAACCUACUACGGAUCUGGGACCGGCCCGAUCUGGCUAGAUGACGUGGGCUGUGUGGGCAUUGAGGCCUCACUAGGGGACUGUCCAGCCUCACCCUGGGGGGUCCACAACUGUGAGCAUCAGGAAGAUGUGGGGCUCACCUGUACAGGAGACAUGGAGGACGACAGUGAUCUCCCCUGGUCCUGGGACACCAGUUCUCGAAGGGACAUGGCCCAGGGGAGCUUCACGACAGCUGCUCCUGGCCAUGACCUUGCCUUUCAGACCCCCUGGGACCACAGAGAUCCAGAUUUUCAAGAUUGGUCUCGGCCCCUCCAGCAUACUGCGGCUCCCGAGGAGACCCCCAAUCCAGAUCUCCAGCUGACUGCUGACACCAGCCCACAGCUGACCUCUGACCCCAGCCCACAGCUGACCUCUGACCCCAGCCCACAGCUGACCACUGAAUCUAACCCACAGUUGACCUCUGAUCUCAGACUAUCUCUGACCACUGACCCCAGUCCACAGCUGACCCCUAGCUCAGACAAACAGCUAACUCCUGACCCCAGUCCACAGCUAACCACUGACCCUGGCCAACUACUGACCCUUGACCCCAACCCCCUGCUGAUCUCUGAUAUCAGCCAAAAACUGACUUCAGAUGUCGUCCUAGACCUGACCUCGGACCCCAGACCACAACUGACCCCAGAUUCUACACCUCAGCUGACCUCUGACUUCUCCCCAAUGUCAGUGGCAACCUUCAACACUGACCUACAAUUUGUUGAUCCUGGCCCACAGCCGAGCCCUGACUCUGCCCCAGAGCUCACCUCUGACUUUACCCCUAAAGGAGAGCUCACCCCUUCAUCCACUCCACCGCCAAUACCUGAUGUUGCCCCGCAGUUGACAUCUGAUACCAACCAACAACUGACCAUUGAGUCUUUCUCACAGUUGACCUCUGACCCUAGCCCACAGCUGACCCCCAACUCUGCUGAACCACAAUUCACUCCUGAUUCUAUCUCCCACCUGACCUCUGACCUGUCCCUGCAGAUGACUUCUGACCCCACCUUCACACCAGUACUGACCACUGAGCCCUCUGUAGACUCACAGCUGACCUCCACCUCUAGUCCUACCCAAACAAAACAGCUGAUGUCUGACCCUUCUCCAAGCCCAAAGGUGACCACUGCCUACCCCAGUGUUCAUGGGCUGACCCCUGACUUGUCCUCUUCUAUACCUCUGGUCCCAGAGCUCAGUCCCACCUCCCAGCAAGCCAGAGUGCCUCCUGCCAGCCCAGGGCUGCCCUCAGAGUACACACCAUCUCUGCCACCUGAGCCUGCUAGCAGCUCACAGACCCCCACAGCCCUCGGGGUGAGUCCAGCUGGGACCUCCACAGCAGCUCCUAGCACUGCCCCCAGCCCCAGCCCUGAGCCUUCGGAGGCUCCAUCCAUGAGUCCCACACCAACCAGGACCCCAGAUUCUGUCUCGAGGCAAAGGUUUGCUCAAAAUUCAAGCAUCACUGUAGCCUCAGAGUCCACCAUUAACCCUGCCCCAACUCCAGACCAGGGUCCGCAGCACACCACCCCCAAGCAUCCUCCAACAGCUGGCUCUGGGAGGGUCUUGGAUGGUCCUUCGGUGCCCCCACAGUCCCCUGGUCCCAGUGACAUGGAGACUGGUCAGUGCGUGCUGGCCACUCCCCCCUCCCCCACCAUCCUCCGAGUCAUGGCCUGUGAGCCCCCGGCCCUGAGGGAGUUGGUUGGAGCAGUGAAAGAUGUGAGUAAACAGCUGCGAAGCCUGACCCAGGCAGUCCAGCAGAACCAAGAUGAGAGAAGGGCAGCCGGGCUGGAGCUGGGGCAGCUGGUGGAGGCCAUCAGGGGCUUGGGUGAUCUGGGUCAGGCCCUGAGAGGGCUAGUGGAGGCAUCAAGGCCCCCCAUGGCCCCCGGGCUCCAAGAGGAGGAGGAGGAGAGACCACGGAGAGGAGACGUGUGAGCUCCCCAAAGACUGACAAAGGACAGAAAUGCCCUCCUCCCCCUAAGUGAACAAAGACCACGCGAUUCCCAGGG